AUGGACGCCAGUCAAAGACCCGAGAUGACUGAGCAUCAAAAACAGCAAUUGCAGUUUCAGCUUUUCCAAGAUUCGCUGCCCAAAGUUAACGAAAUUGUGUAUCGAAUGCUGUUGAAUGAGGCCAUACCCAUGGCAGUAAACGUGCAAGACAGGCUUUCUGAAGAGUCAGGAGGUCAUGAAGACAAUGAAACUGAACAAGGUCUGGAACAGGAUCUGGAUGCGAAAUUGACAUUUGAUCCAUUAAAAGACCACGUCCCCUCACAUAAGCUUCUCCAGAAGUAUUUGACAGCAGAUGAAGAAUAUCAAAAUAAGGUCGACGAACGUCUCAAUAACAUAGGAUUCUUGCUGGGCCAAAAACUGUCCCAGCUGCUCAUCUUUAGCAACAAUCCCAGCCUGAAUUUCAGAGAUAUGGACCUUCUUGCCGUCAUGAAAUUUGUAUGCCGCGACGUUUGGAGACAGCUUUUUGGCAAACAGAUCGAUAACCUGAAAACCAACCACCGUGGCACAUUCUAUCUGCUUGACAAUAACUACAAACCAGUCGAGUCGUUUGCCCUCGACGAAGACAUGUCUCAAGAGGAACAGACAUUGAUAGAACCAUAUUUAGAGAUCCCAUGUGGAGUCAUACGUGGAGUGCUGGACUCUCUAGGAUUUCAAGAAAAAGGACAGGUCAUCUGCACGGCUUCAAUAACAAGCGAUCGCGAGUCUCAAAAGACCGGUUCCUCUGCCAGCUCGCGAGCAGUCCUUUUCAAUGUGCAAAUCAAUCCCGAUAGAUAA